AUGGCACCCUCGCCCGCCGAACUAUCACUCCUCUUAAACCCACUGGUGCCAGAAUCUCUCAUGCAUAAUACCAGGACCAUCUCCAACAUCCGCUCCAUUUCCGGUCUCCUCCUAGGCGUCGCCGCAGGCAUCCUAGGCCUGGAAUCCCUCUACGGCUUCGCUUUCUACCUUGCGGCAAACCUACUUCUCUCGGCGCUGUUCUACUUCGUUCUCGCAGGUGCCGAUCCCCAGAAAUACUUUGCCGGCUCCUCGGGAACGAGGGGCGUCGAUAAGAACGGUCGGAAUCCGGGUGCGGGAGCCUGGAGAGAGAUUUGGUUCGGAGGUGGUCUGUUCACGGAAGCCCUGAGUGGCUUUGUACUUGGUUGGGCUGGUGUUGGUGGUGUUAUACGAUGA